AAUCGCGCCCGAGCCCCUGAGUUGAGAAUGGCCAAGUGGCAGAGGUGCAGACGAGGCUAAAUUGGUGGCGGUUCGUUCCUUGUGAAAAAUGGCUUCCUCCGACUUUGUGACGGAGGUGGAGGUCCAGCCAGAGAUACAGGAGGUUGAGAUCGAAGCUAUACCGGUGGACGUGCCAGUGGAAACGAUAGAGACUUAUGACGGACAGCCGAUAAUAGCGCUCCAACAGUUGCCCGAACCAGGACGUGAGGAAAUUAUAUUCCAAACCCAGGAAGAAGUUGUUGGUGAACAGGAAAUCCCUUAUGAAAUCCCCGUGCCCGUGGAACAUGAUGUGUGUGUCGAGUCCUCGCCAGGUCCCUCGAAGAAGAACCAGAGAAAAGGACAGAAGAGGAGACGAGAUAUGGACGAGUUCACCUCGGUCUCCGUGGGACAUAAAUGGGAACAGAAACAAGUCCAGAUCAAGACCCUCGAGGGAGAAUUUUCCGUGACGAUGUGGUCUUCGGGUGUAGACGAAGAUGACCUUAGUAACCCAGAACCAGAUCCAGAUUACACAGAGUACAUGGCAGGGUCAAAUAAGAAGCUGGCGGGUAUACCUGGUGUUGACCUCUCGGACCCCAAACAACUUGCCGAAUUUGCAAAGAUAAAGCCAAAGAAAUCUAGUAGUGACGACAUUGCAAGAACUAUUGCCUGUCCGCAUAAGGGUUGCAACAAAAUGUUUCGUGACAAUUCAGCAAUGCGUAAACAUCUACAUACACAUGGUCCAAGAGUACAUGUAUGUGCAGAGUGUGGGAAAGCCUUUGUGGAAUCUUCUAAACUUAAAAGACAUCAGCUGGUGCACACAGGAGAGAAACCGUUUCAGUGUACUUUUGAGGGAUGUGGCAAGAGAUUCUCUCUGGAUUUCAAUCUACGAACGCAUGUACGGAUUCACACGGGAGAUAGGCCGUAUGUUUGUCCAUUUGAUGGCUGUAAUAAGAAGUUUGCUCAGAGUACCAAUCUCAAGUCACACAUCCUCACCCAUGCCAAAGCAAAAAAUAAUAUGCGAGGAGCACCAAGUACAACACCCCAAUAUGAAACAGAUUACAACUCGACGCAACAGUAUGUUCAGGUGGAGAUGCCGUCGCCAGAUGACCAACAGUUUGUUAUCUAUUCAAGCUAAAUAUUAUCCAAGUUUUAGUGGUAUUGACUAGAGACAAAAUGUUUGGUGUUACACCAGUGUAUUUUUUAUGCCAAUAACAUUUCCUGGAGUUGCCGGUGGUUGCUGACUAGAAAACAUACCAUACCUAUUUAGGUGUACAUUUUGAACAUGUGGAAAGAGAUGUUAUAUUUAAGAAGUGCUUUAUGAUGAGAUGUGUAUGAUAUACGUAUUUGGAGACAACUCAUUCUUCACAAUGAGAGUGAUUUAAUAAAGAAUUAACCAAGA